AUGACCGGCUCCCUCUCUAUCGCCACGUGCGCCAUCUACGCCGUCUUGAUUAUUCCAGUUUUGUACUUGCUUGUCAGACAUGCACGCUUUGGCUUGGCUGGAUGGCUUUUGCUGUCGAUUUUUUGCGUCAUCCGGAUUGUCGGUGGUGCUUUGGAGAUCAGCAAUACUGGCACUGCUGCCGGCAUCAUCUCCAGCGUGGGACUCUCACCUCUGCUGCUAGCAACAAAUGGCAUCCUACAUGAAGCGAGAACAUACCGCAUCCGCACUGUAGGCUGGAAAGCCCCCGUGAUCUUCGAAUUCUUCGUGCAUGGUCUGGUAGCCGCCGGGGUCGUCCUUACGGCCAUCGGAUCUUCUAAACUCCAGCGCCUUGACGAGCCAAUCGACAAUGCUGAGCAGAUGGUCAAGGUGGGGAUUGCUCUUUUGACUGCUGCAUGGGGGAUACUGGUCGGGCUGGCUGGACUGUCUUUUGCCGCACCACGGGCAAAGUAUGGCGCCGUCGUACGCGCAGGGACAAUACUGGUCACCUCCGUCUGCCUAGCCCUCGUCUUCAUUGGUAUCCGCGUCUUGUACACUCUUAUCGUCCUGUGUACACAGAAAGUAUCUUUCACCCUGGACUACGGUACCCUUGCACUCCGCGUUGUGCUCAGCUUCCUGCCCGAGGUGAUCGCGGUGAUCAUCUACAUCUGCGCGGGUAUUAUGACGCAGUCGGCAGCGAGCAAGCUGGCUAAUGAUGAGCUGGAGGAUUCGUCGGCUCGGAGUGCGUGA